AUGCAGUCUUCCCUAGUUGCCGUGGCAUGCGCGCAAGGUGUUGCGUUUGCAUUUCCUCUUCACACUGCAAGUGCCGGCGACGAACUACUGUGCAGGGACGAGUGGGAGUUCGUGCGGAAAAGUGCUACCAGCAAAUUCAGAAGCUGGAAGCAGUCGAUCACCUCGAGCGAAACCCUGCGAGAAUGGGCAAGUCAACAGGUUGAAACAGUUAAAGUCUCCGGUUGCCGGCCAGGUCAACUGGUUCUUCGCUUGCUUUCUGUUGCACAUCAUCAAGUCUGCGAUGUGACAGCAGGAUUUCUGUCACAUCACUGGUGGUCGGAGAUGCUGAUGACGAAGUGGAGUAGCUUGCUUUUCUGGGCAGCUUUCGACUUACUCCAGGCAGCAAAGGAAGUGCCAAGUCGUGUCGGUCGAUGUGCAUGUCGAAGACUCGGCAGAAGGCUUGGUCAUGCGAGUCGACAUGUUGAGAGAUGGCACCGCCUCGUUCGCAUCAAGGCCCGCACACGGCAGUUGAUAUCCGACGCGCCGCAGAAUCCGGCUAAGGCUUUGCAGUCCUUUGCACGGGAGAUUGACAAGGAGCAGCGAGCAUGGAUGCAUUCAGAUGAAUCCGGAAGGUCCUGCAGGAGGAGCUUGCGGGAUCUUCUUUUCAGCCUGCGAAUGAGUGCCAAACUCCUGUUCGUGAGCGGAAUGCAGCAGCCAUCUUGGCGACAUGGCUGGUGGAUGCCGCGAGCCGUGGAUUCGACGACCGGCUGGAGUCAGGCCUGGGUGGUCUUCAGCUGUGCAGAUGAACCGCUCGUCAACAUGCUCUCCUGCGAUCCCUUGAUCGAAGAGGCCUCGCGAUCUCCGUUCCUGAGCAGGCAGCGAGUCUUUGUAGCGACAAGGCAUCCCGGAGAAAUGCAGCGGCUCCAAAAGUUGCCAUUUGUUGAGGUCAUGUCGGCUGAGAAAGCUGCAGAGUUUGGCAAUGCAGCUCACUGGUCUCUCGCCUUUUACGAGGACAUGAUGAUGCGGGCCAUGCGGCUGCGUGACAACGGCCCAAGUCUGGUCGUUUUCGUGGACGUGCAGUUCAGCGAGGACGCUUUAGCGCAGCUGUGGGACCUUGAUCGAUGGUUGCUGCAUCGUGAAACUACUCCAGGUAGCCGAUCUUCUUGGGACAUCGCUUGGGUAACGGAAGAUGGCUUUUCGCCAGGUGCAGCCCUUCUCCCAUGCGAAACAAGCAAGUCGCGAGGAGCAGACGUAAAAUGGCUGGUGCCCAAGGCUGGCAUCUUGCUCAUGAAGCCGUCUAUGGCAGCUUUGCAGAUCUUGCACGAACUGAAGUCCCAAGAAGAGCACACUUCCAAAGUACCAGGUCCCACCGUCAGUUCGGCCUGGGGCUCUUUUCUCAUUCGAGAAUGGCGAGCAAGAGAUUGGUACCAGACUGCGUACGCUCACCUGGAUGCAGCAAAACCGGCACCGCAGUGGCGAGACAUCGAACUGCCACAAGGUGCCGUGCGAAGCAUCGGAGCCUCGCAGCUGCGGAUGCUGGCAAGCCCGGGAAGAGCUGCCGGUCUUCAGCUGCGCUGGGCGCUGCACCAGUGCGAACACUUCUCGGAAGGGAGCGGCUAUUGUCAUGUGGGCCCUCUGAAACCAAGGGGCUUUGGGUUUCUGGUGGAGCCCUGCGGAUUUCCAAGCUUCUUCAGCCCCGGCAGGCACGAAGGAAGCGCCGAUGCUGAUGUUCAGGCAGAUCGGUUGGAAAUCCAGUUGAAAGCAUCUCAGGAGGUUUUCUUGUGCCCGCGCCGGGUGCCCGUGGCAAUCCUGGCCGUUCCUCGGGCUGGCUCCACCUCCGUCGCCAACUGGGCGGGCCUUCUGGAUGGUGUCGACAGUUGGCUCUCGGCUGCAGGCCAUUCUCUUCAGAACGCGAAGACUUUGUGGAAACCAGAGGACAAGGACUUCUCUGUCUGGGGGGUCCAGCACUUCUGCCUGCGUUGCUGCAGGGCAGGGGUCCAGAGGCUGCACUUGGUGGUCAUGCGGUCGCCUUUCGAUCGCUUGAAGUCUCAUUUCCACCGGAGCCAGGUCAGUCGGGGCGGGAAAUGGUCUGACUUUCCAGGUUGGUGGCGGUGGGCCUCCACAAUGUUGAGACGUGGAAUCGUGCCCUCUUGCGCGUACAGUCGCAAUUUCAGCAGCCAUGAAUGGUCCAUGUCAGAUGAGUAUCACCUCCGUCCUGUUCACAAAAUUCUUGCCCGAGCCGGGCUGCCCAUUGAAGAGUUUGCGCAUGCGGCCGAGCAAUAUGGUCGAAGUGAUGCUAUGCGAGCAUGCGGUUCGUGCCUGCUGGCAGACCCUUUGGCGUCUCAAGCCAUUGCGCUACCGAAUGCGCAGCAGGUUGUUGUCCUGCGGCUUGAGCGCCUUGCCUCGGAUUUGGCUCUUGUCCAGCGCCUUCUCUGCGGCAGGUGGCUUUGGUGCCGAGUCCUUCAAGACAUCCCGCAAACUCAUACCUCGAAGGGAGCGCGCAAGAUCGAAGAGUUGGCAUGGUCUGCACAAAGCAUUCGAUGGGUCACGGAGGUGUAUGCCAAGGAUCUCUGGCUGGGCAGAUAUGCAAGAGUACCAGUUGCACAACCACAGGACGCGUGUUGCGUCUCAAGCCUGCGCGAGCUUGCUUAUUCGUGUGGUUCUAGUGGCCGGGCCUCCUACCGUGCAGGCCACGAAACACCUUGUGUAUUUGUGCUGAAAUGA